GAAACAUUACUUUUACCUAUAUGAAAUUAAGCCUUGUGCAACCAUUACUAUAAUUCCAACAAUUUUUCUGUCAAAAGUGGAAUUGGUUGACAAAACUUGAUACGAUGGCCACUCGAGGUUUGGUCAUUCGACGGUUCCAACAUACCAUACCGAAGGAUCUGGAAGCCAUAGCGAAGGAGAAGGAUCCAAAAUUUUCGAAAAUGGUGCAAUAUUUUUUCCACAAAGCGUGCGUUAAGCUAGAGCCUCGAUUGGUGGAAUACCUGCAAAAAUAUCCACGUAUGAGCGACGAAGAACGGAAGCAGCGUGUUCGCGCUAUUAUACAAACCGUCAGUGGAACGGCCAACACGUUGGAAAUUCGAUUUCCCGUACUGAGAGAUGACGGGAGCUAUGAGAUUGUUACUGGAUAUCGUUCACAUCACUCGCUUCAUCGAUUACCUGUAAAAGGAGGCAUUCGGUAUUCGAUGGACGUAACUAGGGAUGAAGUGAAGGCUCUAUCGUCUCUUAUGACAUUCAAAUGCUCUUGUGUUCACGUUCCGUUUGGAGGUGCCAAAGGUGGGGUGCGAAUUGAUCCGAGUUGCUACAGCAAAAAAGAGUUGCAAAAUAUUACCAGAAGAUACACGACAGAGCUGGCUAAGCGAAAUUUUAUUGGGCCUGGAAUUGAUGUUCCUGCACCGGAUAUGGGUACUAGCGAUAAGGAGAUGUCAUGGAUUGCCGAUCAGUAUAGUAAAACAAUCGGACACAAAGACAUCAAUGCAUUGGCAGUGGUCACUGGUAAGCCGCUACAUCAGGGUGGAAUCCGCGGAAGAACUGAAGCCACUGGUAGAGGUGUCUUUAUAGCCACCAACUGCUUUGUACGAGAAAAAGAAUGGAUGAAAGCAAUCGGUCUCCAACCAGGAAUGAAAAAUAAAACCGUCAUAAUCCAGGGAUUUGGUAACGUCGGAAUGUAUGCUGGGCGCUUUUUUCACGAAGCCGGAUGCAAAAUAAUUGGUAUUAAAGAACGCGACGUAAGUCUGCUAAAUGAAGAAGGCAUAGACAUAGAAGAGCUCAUUAAGUAUAAACAGCUGAACAACACAAUAAACGGAUUUGAUAAUGCGAACGAAGUGCAAGAUGAUUUGCUUGUACACAAGUGUGAUAUCCUUAUACCAGCGGCAGUGGAGAAAUCAAUUAAUUCUGAUAAUGCGGAUAAAAUUCAGGCUAAAAUAAUCGCAGAAGGUGCCAACGGUCCUACUACACCAGCGGCAGACAAAAUUCUUCAAACUAGGAAAAUUCUUGUUAUCCCCGACUUGUACUGCAACGCCGGAGGUGUCACCGCAUCCUAUUUUGAAUAUCUAAAGAACAUCAAUCAUAUCUCUUUCGGUAAGCUAUCUUUUCGACAAGAGUCCGAAAAUCUUCGCGAAGUACUCAAAUCUAUUCAGGAGUCGCUCAGAGAUGCGUCGGUCUGCGUUACGAUGCAACCAACGGAAGCACUUAGUCACUAUCUGGAUAACGCCAGUGAAGCAGACGUGGUAGCUUCUGGACUAAAAUACGUGCUAGAAACUGCUGGCCGAGGAAUCAUGGCAGUCGCAAAUCAGUACAAACUUUGUCUGGAUUUACGAAGUGCGGCGUAUAUUUGGUCGGUAGAAAAAAUUUUCAAAACCUGUGAAGGUGCUGGACUAGGCAUGUGAAUUAUACUAUCUAGAAAAUGUCAAUUACAUACAUAGAACAUUCCACACAAUUUGUCAGAGUUCAAGAAUUUCUUUUAGAGUAAAAAACAUCGAUUACCUAAAUAACUGUUUAACAAU